GCUCUUCUUCUUCAUCCCCGGCAGCUCCCGAAAAGAACCCCAAAGCUACCGACGUUCCCUCCCCUUGAGAAACUCGGCAAAAGCUUAAAUUUUGCCCUUCUUUUCUUGUUCUAGAACACAUAUAGAAUCCAGAAAUCUUCCCCCCUCUACAGAAUUUCCAGAUCUGCUCUGCUUUGUUCCUUUCGUCUGUUGCUCUUGCUUUGUGGGUGUGAUUUCUCUAAUUUUUGGGUAAGAAACAGCCACUAAUUCCUCUGUUCUUGGCUCUGUUCUUGGGUAGAUCUUGAAUUUCUCCUUGCACUUCUCGACAGCCCUCCCCAAUCUGCAGCUCUGGUUUGUUUGCUGGAAAUUCCUGGUUCUUGAUUAUUCUAUCACCCUAGCACUUGGAGUGAGUUUUCUGUGUUACGCGAUUGAGGAAGCAAAGUGAAGGACGGGGAAAAAUGAGGGGAGUGACGAGUUAGAAGGCUAGCCAUCUUGUAAAUUGAACAUAGAUUUUAGAUAUAAAUCAUGAUCUUGUAAGCUAGACUUUAUUUGGAGAUUUAUGAAAUCAUAGCAAAUUUUAUAAUUUUAUCUUCAGGUUUUGUAGUAUCAGAUUGUGGCAUGAUAAAGUUUCGAGCCUUGUGCAUUUGUGGGACCCUAUCACAAGUGUACGGCGUCUGCCACGUCCUUGGAUUUGGGUUUUGGGGCAUGACAAUACUGCAGUUUCAACUUUCGGAUAGUUCUUCUUGAGCAUCAGACGGUCAAGGUCACAAGGUUAGCAUCAAAACGGGAUCAAGCGUUCCAUUCGUAAGCUCCCAAGCGGUUACCCUUUCUUUUCCCAUCACCACUCUCAAGUUUAUUCCUUUUGUCUUUAGAAGAACCUUAAGAUUGGAGUUGCUGUACUCUUCAUUUUCAAUAUGAGGAUUGUUCGUUAUAGAGUAAAAGUCUACACUAGGGAUGAAAAAGGUCACAUUUAUUGUUAUUAUUAUCAUGUUACAAUGAUUUAUGUAUGAGCGUGAUUCUCAAGUUGAUACCUCCUGCUGCUCUCUGGACUCUUCUACACUGUCUGAGUCUGAUCAUCCAUGAAAAUGGCGGCGAAGCUGAUGCAUGCUGUUCAAUACGACGGCUAUGGAGGAGGAGCUGCUGCUUUCAAGCAUGUGGAAGUUACAGUUCCUACUCCAAAACAGAAUGAGGUUUUGCUAAAAGUGGAAGCAACUUCUCUAAAUCCAAUUGACUGGAAAAUACAGAAAGGAAUGUUGCGACCACUUUUACCAUGCAAAUUCCCCUAUAUACCUGCUACUGAUGUGGCAGGAGAAGUGGUUGAUGUUGGACCAGGAGUUAAGAAUUUCAAAGCUGGUGACAAAGUUGUAACAACUCUUGGCCAACAAGCUGGAGGUGGACUAGCUGAGUAUGCUCUGGCUAAGGAGAGUUUGACAGUUGCAAGGCCACCAGAAGUAUCCGCUGCUGAUGCUGCAGGCCUACCUAUUGCUGGUCUCACAGCUCAUCAGGCCCUUACAGAUUCUGCUGGGAUUAAGCUUGAUGGAAGUGGCAAGAAAGAAAACAUUCUGAUUACUGCUGCUGCAGGUGGUGUGGGUCACUAUGCCGUUCAACUGGCAAAACUUGGAAACACACAUGUAACUGCAACUUGUGGGGCUCGUAACCUUGAUUUUGUCAGGAGCCUGGGUGCUGAUGAGGUUCUUGACUACAAGACUCCUGAUGGAGCAGCUCUGAAAAGCCCCUCUGGUGUGAAAUAUGACUAUGUAAUCCACUGCGCUACAGGCAUUCCAUGGUCAACCUUUGAGCCAAAUCUUAGUGCUAAUGGGAAGGUAAUAGACCUUACUCCAAGUGGUAGUAGCCUUCUGACUUUUGUGUCAAAAAUGCUUACCUUUUCUAAGAAGCGAUUGGUGCCAUUGUUUGUAACCUCUAAGCACCAGAACCUUGAUUUUCUUGUUAAUUUGGUGAAAGAUGGAAAGCUUAAAACAGUGAUUGAUUCAAAGCAUCCCCUGAGCAAGGCUGAAGAUGCUUGGGCUAAGAGUAUGGAAGGCCAUGCUACUGGGAAGAUUAUCGUGGAGCCUUAGCUAUAUGAUACAAAAUUUGCAUGUGUUACUACAGAAUCAUUUGCGGGUUUCAUCGAGUGUCUGUACUGUCCAUGUUGAUAUUACAUGUUUUAGUAAGGGUCUCAAUGUUUUAUUUUUGUGUUUUCGGGUCUUCUUUCUUUUUUUUGGGAUUGAGGUAAGGGUGUCAAUGUAAUAGACCGUUCUAUUUGUGCAGAAUAAGCAUUUGAUGUUGGUUUUUCCUUGCAUUUACGUUUCUUAAUAAAGCUUGAUUAGAGCUAGUCAAAUGAUUAGUAUGGUUGCUAACCAUUGGUCCAGUACUGUAAUAUAGCACCUCGAAUUUUACAUCAAGAUGAAAGUGUAUAGUAUGAUUGGUAUAUAAGUGUAUAAACCAAUUAUUGUUAACAAUUUGAACUUAAGUUUUUAAGGGUCUAUGAAUCUUAACUUAGAGUUAUUAGUCUAGCUGUCACGCCCCAAAACCCAAAUUCGAGACACGACAGACGCUGUGCACUCGUGAGACGGGUCUCACAAAUGCACAAGGCUCGAAACUUAUUCAUAUCAUACUCUG